GGCUGUGAGUCAAACACUGUUUUCUAGCUUUCUCGGCUUAUAACUCGAGAUAAGAAGUUUCAUGUAAUACAGCUGCUGUGAAGCAAAGUGCAGAUCUGUGGUUGGGCCUGAUCUCAUGCCCGGGGAAUGUAUUCUUAGAGAUAAAAAUAUAAAAUGGAAAAACAAAUCCUGUUUUGGAUGGCAAGUGAUGAAAACAGGGAAAUCCCUGUAGUUCUUGAUGUCCUGGUAGAUUCUGGGCCUUCCAUUUUUGACUCAACAUGUUCCCAAAGACUGGGCAGAUAAAAGAAACGAACAGUUUCAGGUAGGAGGCUGGAGAGCUGCUUUCCAAAACUGUCCUCCUCUCUCUUUUAAUUAAAGUGUUUUUCAGCUUAUUCAUCAAAACAUAAGGGGAAAAUUAGACUUUUAAGUGUAUUUUCUGAGCUUCAGGUGCCUCCUCAGUUGGGACCGUUUGCCUCUGUAUGCUGCCUGAUUGGUGGAGAAGGAGCAGUGAUGUCACCGCCCGCUCUGCCGCCCCGGCCGGUGCAGCAGUCAGAGCAGGCUGACGGCUCGGCAGCAGCUUCAGAUGGAGUUGGCGCGCAACGGGAGUAGAGCUGUGGACUGCAUCGGCUGCUCUGCGCUGCCUUGAUGAACUCGUCCUGGUUCCGCACACAGCGCAGCAGCCCGUCAUGGGGGACGGUGGCGCGUCCUCGCCGGUGAACAUCCAGAAUGGCACGUGGAGCGAGGCGUCUGACGCGCCGGGCUCCGCAGCCGCGUCCGAGCAGUGGAUGGCGGGCAUGAGCCUGUUGAUGGGUUUGAUCGUCCUGUGCAUCGUUUUCGGGAAUAUCCUGGUCAUCGUGGCCAUAGCCAAGACGCAGAGGCUGCAGACGCUCACCAACGUGUUCAUCGUGUCGCUGGCGAGCGCGGACCUCAUCAUGGGGCUGUUGGUGGUGCCGUUCGGUGCCGCGCUCGAGGUGCGCGGCUCGUGGCUGUACGGCUCCUUUUUCUGCGAGUUCUGGAUCUCCGUGGAUGUGCUCUGCGUCACGGCCAGCAUCGAGACCCUGUGCGUAAUCGCCAUAGACAGGUACGUGGCCAUCACAUCACCUUUCCGCUACCAAAGCUUGUUAACCAAAGCUCGGGCCAAGGCGAUGGUGUGCGUAGUGUGGGCCAUCUCUGCGCUGGUCUCCUUCCUGCCUAUCCUCAUGCACUGGUCCCGGGACAGCGUGGACACAGCCUGCUACGAGGAUCCGGAAUGUUGCGACUUUGUCACCAACAGAGCAUAUGCCAUCUCGUCAUCCGUCAUUUCUUUUUACAUUCCUCUCCUGGUUAUGAUAUUCGUUUACGCGCGCGUGUACAGGGAGGCGAAAAUGCAGCUGAGGAAGAUCGACAAGUGCGAGGGCAGGUUCCACAACACUUUAACCGGACUGACUUCCAAGUGCAAGAAGAGGCCGUCCAAGAUCCUUGCGCUCAGGGAGCAGAAGGCGCUCAAAACUCUGGGCAUCAUCAUGGGGACGUUCACUCUGUGCUGGCUGCCCUUCUUCAUCGUCAACGUGGUGCGGGUGUUUUGCGCAGAGGUGGUGGACAAGAAUCUGUUCGUGUUCCUGAACUGGUUGGGGUACGUGAACUCGGCGUUCAAUCCCAUUAUUUACUGCCGGAGCCCGGACUUCAGGAAAGCUUUCAAGAGGCUGCUGUGCUGCCCGAGGCAAGCCGACCGCAGGCUGCACAUCAGCUCCUGCGACCUGUCGCGAUGCUCCGGCGGGUUCGUGUCCCCUCUGGAGCCCGGCACGUUGGGGAUGUGGACGGACUGCGCCGGUUUGGACAACAGUGACAGCAGUCUGGUGGGGACUGCGAAGGUGUCUCACUCUGAAUCACAACUGUGAUGGUAAAAAAAACAACAAAAAAAAAGCAAAAGACAAAAGUUUGGAUAAAGAGGAUUAUGGCACAAUGGGCACAAACCCGGACGUUUGCGCAAGAGCCAUAGGACCUUAUAGUGGGUGUUUUUUUACUGUUGUAUUUUUUCUGCACCAGUGAACUCCAACACCAGGCGACAUUAUCAGAAAUAUAUUUAAAAGCCAUACUUUUAAAAACCGGCUUAUGGAACAGUGCUUUUAUGGUUUUUUUUGCGCACAUCUCUCCAGGACUCCAAUUUUCCAAACUGGCU